AUGGGUGGAGAACUGAAGCUGAAUGUAUUUUCUGUUUGUAGGAAAAUGCCUGUGCUCGCUGUAUGCUGAAAGCCUGCAUCUGCUGCUUGUGGUGCCUGAAGAAGUGUCUAACAUACCUGAAUCAAGUAAGUGUUCGAUCAGAAUCAGAUUGAUUGUCAUGUGAGAUGUUGAUUAUUCUUACUAUUACACAUGUUAUAUCAUUGACAACAAUCUAUUUUACAAUGGAGACUCAUUCCAAGAUGACAGCAAUCACACAUUGUUAUUGAUGAUACUCCUGUCUCUUGUUCACCACAGAACGCGUACACGGCCACAGCGAUCAACAGCACCAGUUUCUGUACGUCGGCGCGCGACGCCUUCGUCAUCCUGGUAGAGAACGCCCUCAGAGUGGCCACCAUCAACACCGUGGGGGACUUUGUCCUCUUCCUGGGAAAGGUAGCGGCCGCAUAGCGACAGCAUUUUAGGAUUCUUUAUUGUCAGUUCAUUAUUUGUGUUUAUUUUACAAGCAUUCUAAUACUAUUCAAACCCUCACGGUCGUACUCUUUUUUCAAUCGCUCACUAUCUAUCUUUCUCCCUCUCUUUCUUCCUCUUUCCUCUUUUCUCCCUUUCCCACCCCCCCCGUUUUCUCCAUCUUUCGCUUCGUGUGUGUGUGUCUGUGUGUGUGUCCAGGUACUGAUCGUCUCCUGCACUGCGUUCGUGGGUGUAUUGUCUCUCAACUACCAGCGGGACUACACGGUGUGGGUGUUGCCCCUGCUCAUCGUCUGCCUGUUCUCCUGGCUGGUGGCCCACUGCUUCCUGUCUGUCUUUGAGAUCGUGGUGGACGUUCUAUUCCUCUGCUUCGCCGUGGACACCAAGCACAACGACGGCAGCCCCGGCCGAGAGUUCUACAUGGACAAGGCCCUAAUGGUGAGGGGACGGGAGGCUGGGUGGGAGACUAUGGCUGCGUCACGAUUCUCCACCAGUCAUGGUUAAAAGCAAUGGAUUGGCGUAAUCACAGAUAAUCCAUUAUAUUGACCAGAUACUCAAGUGGCCGCUCUAACAAUAAAAUGAAAUGUCUUCAAAAAUGGAAGGCAGUCGGGACGUGGCAAGAACAGGUGGGGCCAUUGUAGCCAAUGAGAGGGCAGAUACGUGUGUGAACAACAGGCACAACUCCGAUAUAAAGUGUUUUUUCUCAAAGUUGCCGGGAUGUAACAUGUCCUACUUAUAUCAGUACAAUAGUAACAACCUAAGCAUUACGACACUUCUAUUAGAUCAAAUAAGCCUCACGUAGUAAAUAAGCCACACAAUUUUUUGUUAACCACAUUCGACGCUCAUACAAAAACUCUUUGAUUGAUUAGCGAAAAAACCCUCAAAAACACCAUCUGCUAGAGAAGACCCAUUUCGGGCCCAGUUAUCCCUCUCACUUUGCCUUUUCCUCUGGUGUAAUCGUUGGCUAGAGGGAGUUUCCAUGUUAAAUUCAUGUUGUGCCCACUUUGGGAGAAGGGUGGUGAAUUGGGACGUAGCCUUUUACAGUAUAUGUCUCUGUUCCAUUAUCCACACUAACAUUCCAGUGUAUCAGGCCAUACAUUCUAACUGGUAUGCUGGUGUGGAUGGAACGUAGCCUUUGGUUUUACAGAGUACCACUUUUACUCUCUUUCUAUAUGGUGAAUAGUCUAUAUGGUGAAUAGCCUUGUUAUCUCAACACCCAACACACACAUUCACCCUCCUCUUCUUUCUCUCUCUCUCUCUCUUUAGGAGUUUGUAGAGAACAGUAAGAAAAUGGUGGGAAGGGAUCGGCCCGAGGCAGAUGGAGACGGUCGUGAGAUGAAGCCCAUGGUGAGUUAACAAAACUUUUCCAACAGAGAAUACAUUCACUUACCUCCAUAAUCUAGAGUCAUACACCCAAAAUGAUGAUGCUGAUGAAGACAAUGUAAAGUUUAACACUCCAUUUGUUUAUUGUUGUAGACUCAUGGAGGAGGGACUUUUGCUUGACCGAACCAAACCAGAAGACGGAAACCAAAAGGCACUCCAAACGUUUCCAUGAUAUCACUCUAGUCCCAGGGACGACAAUAUUUUUGAUAACCUGUUUAAUAAUUUAUGGCACGCUUUACAUAAAAGCUUAGUUUUUUUUUUUUUUUUUAACACAUCCGUCAAGAAUAUUGUUAUUGUCGUUUUGUGCUAUUGUACAGGCUGUAGAGUUGAUCUUUUUUUGUUUAGCUUCUUGUGUGUGGAAGUAUUGUGAGAGAUUAUUCAAAUGCAUUCAAUGUCAUCACUGUUAUUUUGUAACUACUACUACUGUACACUACAAGUGUUUGUAUAUCAAUGUAUUUUUAGAUUGUGGUAAUGAUGAUCAUGGUUGCUACUUACGCUGCAUUGGUACAUCUAAUACAAUUGUGACAGCUAACUACCAUAACAGAUAAUCAACAGGCAAUUUUCUGUCUAAAAACUCCACCCCCAAUGUCUUUUGACCCUGUUGAAAGAUUUCCUUUAUGAAAAAAAAAAAAGAAGCAUUUUUGCAUUUUGGAAAAACAAAGUCAUAAUUUGUGCAAGGUGGUUUCCCUCACCUCAUUAACAGGAUCAAUGAAAAGCCCGCUCCCAAUGGAGCAUUUUACUGUUGUAGAUCAAAUAUGAAAUAGCCAGUGCUAUGUACUAUGAUAAGGAUGUUAAUAUUAGUUUUUAAUAUAUUUCAAAUGCAGGUCCUACAAGAACUGAGGUUGUGUUAUGUCAAAAGCAAUGCGUUACCAGAACUAAAAAUCCCUAUAUUGUGGCAACAUUGAGUCAUUACCGCUUAUUGAGUUUGUAAUACUGUAUCCAUAGAAAAAGGAAUUCUAUAUGACUGUAUCUCUAUUCCCUUCAUGAGUUUUAACCCAGAAUAUUUUUGAUAACAUUUUUAUGCAGAAUAAUAAAACAACAAAAAGAAGCAAUGUCCACCUGUGUUUGUGAGAGCUGUGGGCAAGAGAGGAUCAGUUCUAUCGGGGACAUGGGUUUGUCUCUGGAUGUCAUUAAGAUAUCCACUCAAGAGGGAGAAACAUUAAAACAAAAUACUGAAUAAUAUAUAUAUAUAUAUAUAUAUAUAUAUAUAUAUAUAUAUAUCCAACAAUAAAAACAUAUUUCAUGACAUUCUUAUUGUGAUGUGUUAACUAGGAAAUAGCCCCAUAUCAGACCAGGGUUCAAGUAUUUGUUUUUCUGUCAAAUACAUUAGCUACACUUGAUUGAUCUCACCUGAUGUAAAGGAAGAAAUGGAAUAGUCCCAAAGGUGCCAACCCCACCAAUCUGGCACUCCAAACAACAGGCUCAAUCGCUCACAUUUUGUUGUGUUCCAGCCUGAAUUUAAAAUUGAUUAAAUUGAGAUGUUUUUGGCACUGGCCUACACACAAAACCCCAUAAUGUAAAAGUUGAAAUUUUAAAAGUUAAUAAAAAAUGAAAAGCUAAAAUGUCUUGAGUCAAUAAGUAUUCAACUCCUUUGUUAUGGUAAGCCUAAGUAAGUUCAGGAGUAAAAAUGUGCUUAAUAAGUUGCAUGGACUCACUCUGCGUGCAAUAAUAGUGUUUAACAUGAUUUUUAAAUGACUACCUCAUCUCUGUACCCCACACAUACAAUUAUAUGUAAGGUCCCUCAGUCGAACAGUGAAUUUCAAACAGAUUCAACCACAAAGACCAGGGAGGUUUUCCAAUACCACUCUUUAUAUUUUCAAGCAUGGUUAUGGGUAUGCUUGUCAUCGGCAAGGACUAGGCAGUUUUUUAGGAUAAAAAGAAAAGGAAUAGAGCUAAGCACAGGCAAAAUCCUAGAUAGGGGGGGUAGCAGAAGACUGAUUGUACAUGCACCUGCUAGGCAGGGUUUUUCGUUGUACCAUUUUGGAAAAUUUCCCCGGUUGAAAGGGCUUCCCCCUUAGUAGAAACCUUUUAAUUUUAAAUUGGUCUGGGAGGUCCUAAUUGUUUGUUGCCCAAUUUUCUUCAUUUUUUCCGACAAAAAGGAACUUCUUUCAAAGACACAAUCGAGUUGCAUGAAGCCUAGCCCUUUUGAUAGAAGUAGUGAAUGAUUGACGCUGUACCCCUCUUUUCUUAGACGUUCAUGGUAUAUGUACGUUGACAAGCGCGUAAGGCAAGCUCAGAAACCAAAAGAGAUUGAUUUGAAAGCUUGGGUAUUUGAAAAAAAUUUAUUUUACAGGGUGUUAUGAAGACUUUGGGCGUUUUCAAAACUGGGAAAACGCCCCCCAAAGGGGGGGGGGGGGGGGGGGGGGAUUUGAAGACGACUUUAGCCUGUUUGGACAUUUAGUGGCAUGUGGCAGAUAAAAAACUGGUUCAGGGAGGUUUCCCAAAUACAGAUGGAGGGUAGCUGUCACCCUAGCAGUUUUUAGGAAAAAGACAUAGAGCUAAGAACAAAACAGAGGAAAAGCCAGAAUAUACCUUUAGCGGACUACCAAGCCAUGAAAUUACGAUAGUUGCUUACCAGAUGAAUGAGUUUGGGCCCAGUUACAGUUUUGACUUAAAAUACAGCUUGACAAUCUAUGGCAAGACUUGAAAAUGGCUGUCUAGCAACAACCAACUUGACAGAGCUUGAAGAAUUUUAUAAAGAAUAAUGUGCAAACAUGUACAAUCCAGGUGUGCAAAGCUCUUAGAGACUUACCCAGAAAGACUCAGUUGUAAUCACUGCCAAAAGUGAUUCUAGCGUGUAUUGACUCCAGGGUGUGAAUAUUUAUGUAAAUUAGAUAUUUCUGUAUUUCAUUUGCAAUACAUUUGUGUGUAGAUGGGUGAGAAAAAUAUAUAUUUUGAAUUCGGGUUGUAACACAAAAUGUGGAAUAAGUCAAGGGGUAUGAGUACUUUUUGAAGGCACUGUACAAGCAGCUCAAAAGAAAAGUAUGUAUUUGAUCAUAUUCAGUCACUAUCCUAAACCAACAACCAGCUUACAGUGGCUUGCGAAAGUAUUCACCCCCCUUGGCAUUUUUCCUAUUUUGUUGCCUUACAACCUGGAAUUAAAAUGUAUUUUUGGGGGGUUUGUAUCAUUUGAUUUACACAACAUGCCUACUACUUUGAAGAUGCAAAAUACAUUUUUUUGUGAAACAAACAAGAAAUUAGACGAAAAAAACUUAAACUUGAGCGUGCAUAACUAUUCACCCCCCCAAAGUCAAUACUUUGUAGAGCCACCUUUUGCAGCAAUUACAGCUGCAAGUCUCUUGGGGUAUGUCUCUAUAAGCUUGGCACAUCUAGCCACUGGGAUUUUUGCACAUUCUUCAAGGCAAAACUGCUCCAGCUCCAUCAAGUUGGAAGAGUUCCGCUGGUGUACAGCAAUCUUUAAGUCAUACCACAGAUUCUCAAUUGGAUUGAGGUCUGGGCUUUGACUAGGCCAUUCCAAGAAAUGUAAAUGUUUCCCCUUAAACAACACAAGUGUUGCUUUAGUAGUAUGCUUAGGGUCAUUGUCCUGCUGGAAGGUGAACCUUCCCCACAGCAUAAUGCUGCCACCACCAUGCUUCGCUGUGGGGAUGGUGUUCUCGGGGUGAUGAGAGGUGUUGGGUUUGCGGCAGACAUAGCGUUUUCCUUGAUGGCCAAAAAGCUCAAUUUUUGUCUCAUCUGACCAGAGUACCUUCUUCCAUAUGUUUGGGGAGUCUCCCACAUGCCUUUUGGUGAACAACAAAUGUGUUUGCUUAUUUUUUUCUUUAAGCAAUGGCUUUUUUCUGGCCACUCUUCCGUAAAGCCAAGCUCUGUGGAGUGUACGGCUUAAAGUGGUCCUAUGGACAGAUACUCCAAUCUCCGCUGUGGAGCUUUGCAGCUCCUUCAGGGUUAUCUUUGGUCUCUGUUGCCUCUCUGAUUAAUGCCCUCCUUGCCUGGUCCGUGAGUUUUGGUGGGCGGCCCUCUCUUGGCAGGUUUGUUGUGGUGCCAUAUUCUUUCAAUUUUUCAAUAAUGGAUUUAAUGGUGCUCCGUGGCAUGUUCAAAGUUUCAGAUAUUUUUUUAUAACCCAACCUUGAUCUGUACUCUCCACAACUUUGUCCCUGACCUGUUUGGAGAGCUCCAUGGUCUUCAUGGUGCUGCUUGCUUGGUGGUGCCCCUUGCUUAGUGGUGUUGCAGACUCUGGGGCCUUUCAGAACAGGUGUAUAUAUACUGAGAUCAUGUCACUUAGAUUGCACACAGGUGGACUUUAUUUAACUAAUUAUGUGACUUCUGAAGGUAAUUGGUUGCGCCAGAUCAUAUUUAGAGGCUUCAUAGCAAAGGGGGUGAAUACAUAUGCACGCACCAUUUUUCCAUUAUUUAUUUUUUAGAAUUUUCUGAAACAAGUUCUUUUUUUCAUUCCACUUCACCAAUUUGGACUAUUUUGUGUAUGUCCAUUACAUUAAAUCCAAAUAAAAAUCCAUUUAAAUUAUAGGUUGUAAUGCAACAAAAUAGGAAACACGCCAAGAGGGAUGAAUACUUUUGCAAGGCACUGUAUACCCAACAAUAAAACAAUAUAUUGAAUUAAAUUAAAUGCUUGUGAUUGUGAUGUGGUAAAUUGGAAAUUGCCCCAUAUCCAGUGGCGACGCGUCAUUCAGAGCAGCCCCUUGGGUGCUGCCAUAGACUUACAUUAGAAGUGCCCAUCCAAGAAGGCUCAAGGUCAUUUGCCACAGAUAAAAUGACGUCAAAUCACGUUAUAGCUACCGUAGCUUUGAUUGCACUGAUCAUGUCAACAUCAUACUUUCAAAAUCUUAGCUAGCAAGCUAGACAAGCAGUCAUCAUCAUGCAUUAAGUCGGCAGGCAAUCUACUGGCAAAUCCUUUUCAAUCCUUGUCAUAUGAAGAGAAAAUAUAGAUAAAACGUAUCGGUGCUCAUCGGCCAUUGGACAUAAAACAUUACGCAACAAGUUGGAAAUGGCAAAUUCAACGAUGAGUACUAAGGCGCCACUGCCCCGGGUUCGAUCCUAGGCUGUGUCACAGCCGGCUGUGACUGGGAGACCCAUGAGGCGGCGCACAAUUGGCCCAGCGUCGUCCGGGUUAGGGGAGGGUUUGGCCGGCCAGGAUGUCCUUGUCUCAUCGUGAUCUAGUGACUCAUUGUGGCGGGCCGGGCGCCUGUAAGCUGACCGGUCGUCAGUUCGACAGUGUUUCCUCCGACACAUUGGUGCAGCUGGCUUCCGGGUUAAGCGAGCAGUGUGUCAAGAAGCAGUGCGGCUUGGUUCUCGACCUUCGCCGAGUCCGUAGUGGGAGUUGCAUCGAUGAGACAAGAUCGUAACUACCAAUUGGAUAUUAAGAAAAAGGGGGUAACGCCAUGGGCCAGAAAAAUGUGAAUACAUUGGCCAUGCUGUCAAUCCAGCAUGACUUCUGCAUUCAAAACAACUGGAAACUCGGAACUGGGACAUCUCAGACUUCAGUGAGUUCAUGACAACUGGGAACUCCGAUAAAACUAGCUCCGACUGGGAAAAUACUCAAAAUAAUUCGGGAUUUCGUGCCACUUUAUAGAGCAUACAAGAAGGACCGCCGGGUCACCUUCCUGUUCAAGUGAUUACAGCACAACAAUGUGAGUCCAAAAUUGUAUUGUAUGCUGCUGCAUAAAUGAUGUAAUAUGUCAGGGAGAUAUGUACAGUGAGGGAAAAAAGUAUUUGAUCCCCUGCUGAUUUUGUACGUUUGCCCACUGACAAAGACAUGAUCAGUCUAUAAUUUUAAUGGUAGGUUUAUUUGAACAGUGAGAGACAGAAUAACAACAAAAAAAUCCAGAAAAACGCAUGUCAAAAAUGUUAUACAUUUAUUUGCAUUUUAAUGAAGGAAAUAAGUAUUUGACCCCCUCUCAAUCAGAAAGAUUUCUGGCUCCCAGGUAUCUUUUAUACAGGUAACGAGCUGAGAUUAGAGCACACUCUUAAAGGGAGUGCUCCUAAUCUCAGUUUGUUACCUGUAUAAAAGACACCUGUCCACAAAAGCAAUCAAUCAAUCAGAUUCCAAACUCUUCACCAUGGCCAAGACCAACGAGCUCUCCAAGGAUGUCAGGGACAAUAUUGUAGACCUACACAAGGCUGGAAUGGGCUACAAGACCAUCGCCAAGCAGCUUGGUGAGAAGGUGACAACAGUUGGUGCGAUUAUUCACAAAUGGAAGAAGUACAAAAGAACUGUCAAUCUCCCUCGGCCUGGGGCUCCAUGCAAGAUCUCACCUCGUGGAGUUGCAAUGAUCAUGAGAACUGUGAGGAAUCAGCCCAGAACUACACGGGAGGAUCUUGUCAAUGAUCUCUAGGCAGCUGGGACCAUAGUCACCAAGAAAACAAUUGGUAACACACUACGCCGUGAAGGACUGAAAUCCUGCAGCGCCCGCAAGGUCCCCCUGCUCAAGAAAGCGCAUAUACAGGCCCGUCUGAAGUUUGCCAAUGAACAUCUGAAUGAUUCAGAGGAGAACUGGGUGAAAGUGUUGUGGUCAGAUGAGACCAAAAUCGAGCUCUUUGGCAUCAACUCAACUCGCCGUGUUUGGAGGAGGAGGAAUGCUGCCUAUGACCCCAAGAACACCAUCCCCACUGUCAAACAUGGAGGUGGAAACAUUAUGCUUUUGGGGUGUUUUUCUGCUAAGGGGACAUGACAACUUCACCGCAUCAAAGGGACGAUGGACGGGUCCAUGUACCGUCAAAUCUUGGGUGAGAACCUCCUUCCCUCAGCCAGGGCAUUGAAAAUGGGUCGUGGAUGGGUAUUCCAGGAUGACAAUGACCCAAAACACACGGCCAAGGCAACAAAGGAGGGGCUCAAGAAGAAGCACAUUAAGGUCCUGGAGUGGCCUAGCAAGUCUCCAGACCUUAAUCCCAUAGAAAAUCUGUGGAGGGAGCUGAAGGUUCAAGUUGUCAAACGUCAGCCUCGAAACCUUAAUGACUUGGAGAAGAUCUGCAAAGAGGAGUGGGACAAAAUACCUCCUGAGAUGUGUUCAAACCUGGUGGCCAACUACAAGAAACGUCUGACCUCUGUGAUUGCCAACAAGGGUUUUGCCAUCAAGUACUAAGUCAUGUUUUGCAGAGGGGUCAAAUACUUAUUUCCUUUUUUUAAAAAUGCAAAUCAAUUUAUAACAUUUUUGACAUGCGUUUUUCUGGAUUGUUGUUAUUCUGUCUCUCACUGUUCAAAUAAACCUACCAUUAAAAUUAUAGACUGAUCAUGUCUUUGUCAGUGGGCAAACGUACAAAAUCAGCAGGGGAUCAAAUACUUUUUUCCCUCACUGUAUACUGUAGCUAAGAAAUUAAUACUAAGUGUAUGUUUUGUAGUAAGCUGUUAGUAGCCCAUGUGUCUCACCCUAAUACUUUGGCCCCUAACCUCCCUCAUAAUUUAGCCUGCUGUUCUGACUUGAUGAGCCUAUAGCCUGUUUUAGAGAAAUGUAGUCAUCGAAUAUUGUAAGAGUUUUCAUUGUCUGCUUAUAUACCCCCUUUAUUUAUCCUACGGUUCUGACUUGGUGUACAGGGAGAAUACUGUAAGAACGGCCCAUGUUCUGAAUUAUGUUGCUGUACAUUUCAAAAGUGCUGAACAAAUAGUUAUAUUGACUACGUCCGUCCUAGCUCGCUCAUUAAUGUCUUAAUCGAAAUUACGGAUUGCCUCUUAUCCGCUCAUCAUUCCCUUAUGCCAUAGUUUGUACAUCUCAAUUGUCAGUAGAAACCACAUUUGUUUAAGCAAGUCAACCAAAUCAGCUAUGUUUUUUAAAAGGCAGUAAAUUAUUCGGAAUUAACUGUUUUGCGGCCAGACAAGGUUCCGCUGAUAGCCAGGUAUAGCGGUGGUAAGGAUUCAUUCCAUGGUGCUGAAAAGAAAGCUCUGCUUUUGGGACAGCUUUAUGUAGGCCCUAACAGUUUGUGGGCACUGUUGGUCACCGUUAUAGUGCAAUGAAUGUAUUGUUUAGUGUUGUGUAGUGGCUUUGCUGGCAUGCAUCAAAAAAAUUAAUAUUGUUUGCCCCACCAAGAUUUACAUGCUAAAAUCGCCACUGCCCGUAUCAGUAUUUUUUUCUCUCUGUCAAAUACGUUAGCUGCACUUGAUUGAGCUUCACUGGUGCAAUGUAACCAAUAUAAUAGUCCCAAAAGUACAAACCCCACCAAUCUGGCACCAUAGAAAUAGAAUCAUUAAAUGUCUAUGUCUGGCACCCAAUAUACAGGCUCAAUCAAACGCUCAAAGUAUCUGAAAUAAAACAAAUACUAUUUGAACUGAGGUCUGUCCUGAAUCAGUUUGACUAUUUCCUAACUCCAUUUUCCUCUACUCUGUGGUGGACAUCAGGAAUAAAUCCCAGCUGGCCCUGACCCCCAUCCUAUACUCUAUGCUCCGUCUGGCCCACUACCACCUGGGCACCGUGGCCAAAGGCUCCUUCAUCACCACCUCCAUCCACAACCAGCUGAAAGGAAAUGUACAUCCUUUAUCAUCAGAUUUAGUUAGAGAAUAA